CCUCGAACUGGUCCCGUGUGCGUGGCGUGCAGCGUGUGACCGCCGGCGUCAGUCACAGCAUCCGCCUGAUACUUGACAUUUCGCGCUUCGCGUUGCGACGAUAGCGCGAGAUAAGCUUCCCUGACACUGUCAAAUACCGCAAUGUAAAUCGCAUUUUUCUGUGCCAUUUCGAAAAGCAGCUUCCGAAAUUUGUUUCUAACGAUUUACAUGAAGGUACAAUGCGAAGCAAAUAAUGAUCUAAAGAACAGGAAAAGGCCGAAAGGAGUUAGCUUCGUGUUUUCCGGAGCUAACUCGAAUUGAUAAAAAGUACGAGGGGAUUGAAGGAUCGUCGAUACAAGAUCGAAGCGAGGUAGUAGUGCGUGAGACAACAAAUCCAUCAGCGAAAAUGAACGGUUUGACAGUUUGUUUGGUACUCCUCUCGACGAUGCCGGGAAUUCUCGGUAACUGUCCCGCGGUACAGCCACCGCAAGGAGGGAUAGUGAGGGAGAAGAUUCUUCAGAACGGUACUCUGCAAGUUAUAUACUCGUGCGAGCCGAGCCGUAGACUCAAGGGUCACAAGGUGAUGACUUGCACCAGCGACGGUUGGGAUCACCCUAUUCCGAAAUGCGUGCCUCGCGAUAACAAAGUAUUUCGACAUUUCCCCAACGAUUUCUAUCUCGGCGAUCAACCGAUCGUUUCGGACGGUAGCGAGCUGCAAACUGCGGACGAAUAUCUAAAGGCGUCGAAUAAGACAAAUGAAUUAAAAAAGCGCAAAAAAACGAAGGACGGUAAGAAGAGAAAGAAAAAAAGGAAGAAGCCAGCGCGCGAAAAAUCCUUGUCAAAAUCACCUACCUCGAGAAGGCUGAAUGAAACUGUGGUGUCUCAACUGGAUAUCAGCUGUUUCGCGAAGGCCCUCGGAAAGAGACUUAUUAAGGCUCCUACGAUCGAACACGCUUAUCUCGCCAAGUACGCCAGAAGGAAGAACGUACUGCCGCCGUACAAUCGAUACCUCGUUGCGGUUUACGAGUGCGCGGAUGGUUACAUGUUGGUGGAUUCGACGACGGAUAGGCUUUUUUGCAGUAACGGUACUUGGCUCGGACGUCGUCCAAAAUGCGUGAGAGAAAGUCAACUGUCGAUCGGAAAGGUGAAACGUUGCGAUCAGGGUACAGGUGAAUGUGAACACGUGUGCGAGGAUACGCCAACCGGUAUAAAAUGUUCCUGUUUCGAUGGCUUUCGAGCUAAAGGAUCCUCCUGUAUAGACAUCGACGAGUGUGCGGAAGGUAUAACGAAAUGCGCGGAUAUCUGUCGGAACGAACCUGGUUCCUACUCCUGCGACUGUCACCGUGGUUUUCAGCUGGGAACCGACGGUCAUUCUUGCCAAGAUAUCAACGAGUGCCUCUCGAACAAUGGACACGGGCCUUGCCAAGGCAGUUGUCGCAAUCUCAUAGACGGCUACGAGUGCAGCUGCGCUGACAUUCCUGGAUACAAAUUAGCUGCCGACAAUCACACUUGCGAGGACAUUGACGAAUGCGCACUGAAUAACGCAAACUGCUCUCACCUGUGCCUGAACACACCUGGAAGUGUUUUCUGUCUCUGCCCGGAUGGCUUCUACCUAACUAACGAUUGGAAGACUUGUCAAGACAUUGAUGAAUGCAAAACGACACCGAUGAUUUGUACAGAGGAUACUGCGUGCGAGAAUACAGUGGGAUCUUACAAGUGCAUAAGUAGAGUACAUCCAAACAUGGUAACAAAGAUCCUUCGAGAAGAAGAUUACGAUAACAAGAGCGAAGACGACAACGAGGAUGACAGUGACGACGACAAUGAUUACGGAGAGGAGAUUACCGAAGUUCCGCAGAAUCCGCACAAAUGCGAGGACGGCUUCGAGAGGAAUGAAAAUUUUGAGUGCGUCGACAUAAACGAGUGCGACGAGAAUGAAUCGCACGGCUGUCAACACGAGUGCGUGAACGAGCCGGGCCGCUAUCGUUGCAUCUGUCAUGAUGGUUACAGCCUCGCGGAGGACGGUGCGACGUGUAAGGACGUGGACGAGUGCAUGGACAGGUCUCGACACCUGUGUUCUCACAUCUGUCUUAAUAUCAUCGGCGCGUACACGUGCGAGUGUCCUCCUGGAUUCGCCCUAAUGAAGGACAAUGCGACCUGCGAGGAACAGAGAAACUGCACCAGCUUGAAGAAUCUUUGCUCUCACAUCUGCGAGGAUACCGAGGACGGGCCGCGAUGCGUCUGCCCGAUCGGAUAUCAGCUGUUGGACGAUCGAUCGACUUGCUCGGACGUCGACGAAUGUCUGGAGAACGAGCACGAUUGCUCGCACGAAUGCGUUAAUAUCCCCGGCAGUUAUCAUUGCGCUUGUCCGCGAGAUAUGAAGAUUCUCGAGGACGGUCUCACGUGCGGGGAUUUUACGUGUUCUCGAGGACUUAGACGAAACGAGGACGAUGGUGAGUGUGAAGACAUCGACGAAUGUCUCGAGGGCGAUCACGAGUGUUCGCAUUUGUGCCACAACGAGUACGCGUCCUAUCAUUGCUCGUGUCCUUCCAGAUGGAUUCUGGAGGACGAUGGUCUCACUUGCACGAGGAUCGAUCCUUGCUUCAAUUCCUCGUGCUCGCAUUCGUGCGUAACGAUAGAUACGAGUUAUAGAUGCGAGUGUCCCGCGGGUUACUCUUUGGACGUGGACGGCAACACGUGUAAGGAUGAGGACGAGUGCGAAAACGAGACGGCGAACGAUUGCAGUCACGAUUGUAAGAAUCUCGAGGGAUCUUACUCAUGUUCCUGUCCGACAGGAUUCGAACUUGGAGAGGAUAAUCGUACAUGUAUCGCCGUCAUCCAGGAUGAGUGUACAGAGUCUCAAGAAAAUAAUAAUUGCACCUGUCCUACGGGAUAUUCGCGUAAAGAACGCAUCUGCGAGGAUAUCGACGAGUGCCAGGACGAAAAUGUAAUACAUAAAUGUUCCCACGAUUGUAUUAAUACUAAGGGCUCUUAUUUGUGCGAGUGUCCUUCCGGUUGGCGUCUGCAGGAAGAUUCUAGAACCUGCGAACAACUGUCGGACGAUCCUUGCGCCCAGGAUCAUGGUUGCUCACACACGUGCGAGCAGAAUGACGGGCGGAUUCGUUGUAGUUGUCCGGAAGGACACGAGUUACGGGACGACGAGAAGACUUGCCGAGAUAUAGACGAAUGCUCCGACCGAUCUCACACGUGCAGUCACACUUGUAUUAAUACCGAAGGAGCUUAUCGUUGCGAGUGUCCUUCGGGAUUUCAAUUAAAUAACGAUGAAAGAAACUGCGAGGACAUCGACGAGUGUUUGUUCGAGGAUACAGGCUGCUCGCACGGAUGCUUGAACACAAAUGCCACUUUCAGCUGUACUUGUCCCGAGGGAUACGAGUUGCUGGACGACGGCAGGAUCUGCGAGGACAUCAACGAGUGUAUCCAGAAUAACGGAGGGUGUUCGCAUCUGUGCGCGAACACAGAUGGAGGCGUCGAAUGUGCGUGUCCUGACAACUACAAACUAUUGAAGGACGACGGCAAGACGUGCGUCGAGAUAAACGCGUGUUGGAUCGACAACGGAGGAUGCUCGCAUUUCUGUCAACACGAGAACGGUCGGGCAUCCUGCUCCUGUCCGCUCGGAAUGAUUUUAUCGGAGGACGAAGCGACAUGCGCGUACGAGAACGAGUGUCUGAAUAAAAAUAACGGCGGUUGUUCCCAUCUGUGUUAUUACGAGGAUGGAAAUGUCACUUGCGCCUGUCCAUCCGGUAUGAUCCUCGCGGAGGAUCAAAAGAUUUGCGUACGAGAAGAUGGAUGUAAGAUCGACAACGGCGGCUGUUCUCACUCGUGUCACGAUCACGAGGACGGUAAUGUGACAUGUUCGUGUCCCGAGGAAAUGAUCUUGUCGGAGGACGAUGACACUCUCUGCGUUCCCAGAAACCUAUGCUCGAUUGAUAACGGCGGAUGCUCGGACAUUUGCGUGUUCGCGGAGGGCUCGAUCGUCUGCGAGUGUCCUGACGGUUAUCGUCUGUCAUCGCCAGACAAUGCGACUUGCGCGGACAUCGACGAGUGUCUGGAACUGCGUGACAAUUGUACUCAUCAAUGCGUGAACGCACCCGGCAGCUUCGAUUGUUUCUGCAACGUCGGUUUCACGCAUAAUCUUCAGGAUCCAACUCUCUGCGACGAUAUCAACGAAUGCGAGAUCGAGAACGCGGGAUGUUCGCAUUCGUGCGUGAAUCUCGUAGGUUCCUUCGAGUGUCUGUGUCCAGCUGAAUAUAUUCUGGAGCAAAAUAAUAGAACGUGCAUUUUGAUGGACGGUUGCAAGCGCGACAACGGCAACUGCUCUCAUUAUUGUCAUCAGGAAGAAGAUCCCGACAAAGUUGCAAACUCGAGCAUAAGUUGCUCUUGCCCGCCCGGCUUCCGCCUGAAACAUGAUUUCAGAAGCUGCGAGGACAUGGACGAAUGCGAGGAGUUUGAGAACGACGUGGAAUCGAGCUGCUCUCACACGUGCGUAAACACCGAGGGCGGUUAUCGUUGCGAGUGUCCCGCCGGUUAUAUCCUCAUGUCGGACGAUGGGAAAAAAUGCGUGGACGUGGACGAAUGUCUGACCGAUCGUCACAAUUGCACCCACGAAUGCGUAAACCUAUUGGGAGGCUAUACCUGCGCCUGUCACGAGGGACAUUACUUGCACGCCGAUGAAUCCACCUGCCUGGACAUCGACGAGUGUCAAGAGCGAAACGGCGAGUGUUCCCACAUUUGCAACAACAUUGUUGGCGGCUACUUCUGUUCCUGUCCGAUCGGCUACGAGCUGUCCCAGGACGAGAGAACCUGUGUCGACGUCGACGAAUGCGCGAACGAUAACGGCGGUUGUGAUUAUACGACGUGCAUCAACACCCUGGGAUCCUUUCGCUGCGAAUGCUUGCCAGGUCACGUACCGCGAAACGGAUCCUGUCGACCGUCCGAUCCUUGCCAGGACGAACAUAACGGCGGCUGCGAACAGAUUUGCGUGGCGGUGAACGGUACCGCGGUGUGCUUGUGCGAGGAAGGUUUUCAAAAGGGCGGGAUUGAUAGUUCCGAGUGUCAUGACAUCGACGAAUGCGAGGGAGAGCACAGCUGCGAUCAUAUCUGCGUCAAUAAACCUGGCUCUUACGAGUGCAGAUGUAAGGAAGGAUUCCGGAUGAUGAAUUCUACUUGCGUCGACGUCGACGAAUGCGCGGCUGGUAUCUGCAAGGGCAACAAAUGCACCAACAUGCCGGGCGGUUAUCGUUGCGAGUGCGAGACGGGAUAUCGAUUCCAGGACGAUACCUGUGUAGACAUCGACGAGUGCAUCGAAAGGGCACCUUGCAACGAGAAAUGCAUCAAUACACUCGGUUCGUAUUAUUGUACGUGCCCUUCCGGAUUUCAACUCCAAGGGAACGAGUGCGUAGAUAUCAACGAAUGCGAAUGGCAUCGCGAUGGAUGCGAUCAAGAAUGCAUUAAUACCGUGGGAUCUUUUAUUUGCGCUUGCCGAGCCGGAUACGCGUUAAUUUCGAGGAGGCAAUGUCAAGAUGUGAACGAAUGUCUAAACCGAAACGGUGGUUGCACCGGCGAGUGCGUCAAUACCGCCGGAAGUUACUAUUGCACUUGCAGUGUGGAUUUAGUGUUGGCACCCGACGAGAGAACUUGCGUCUCGCCGACAUCGAAAUGUCACGCCAUGGAGCCACCUUUACACGGAGAGAUUAGAUGUCCCGGUCACCCUUCCGGAGCAUCCGUCUAUCCGCAGGGUGCCAAGUGUCACGUUCGAUGUCGGGGAGGAUUCCGAUUGGAAGGGCCGCACACGAGACACUGCGUUAGCGAGGGUCGAUGGAACGGGAAGGAGCCUAUCUGUCUACGUGAAGUUGUGACAGACUCCCUUUAUAAUCCAAACAUGCCACGACCGUUCGUGAGUUGCCCCCAGGACAUGGAUGUCGAACUGCCAGCUAGGCAAAGCACUAUACGAGUAACUUUCCCGCAACCGAAGUCCAACAUGAACUGGUGGAGAUACGUACAUGCCUCACCCCCGUGGGCAAAGCAAUUGCAAGCGGAUCUGCUGGCGGGUACGACGAUCGUUACCUUUACGGCGUGGUCGCCGGUCUCUAAUUACACCAGCACCUGUAGAAUUGUGAUAAGAGUACGCGAUACGGAAAAUCCCAAGGUUACAAUGUGUCCCACGUCCUUCGAAGUCAGAUUGAGUCCGGGAGAACGAAACCGUUUGAUAUUCUGGCAAGAACCGACGUUUACCGACAAUGUCGCAGUGGAGCACGUUUAUAAGACGAGGGGUCCCGGACACGUGAUGUAUCCUGGCGUUCACAGCGUGCGCUACGUCGCCUCGGAUGCAGCCGGAAAUCGAGCCGAAUGCCAUUUCUCGAUACACGUGAGAGAAUCCGAGGAGGAUCAUAAUUCUGAGCCGAGAUUCUACAGAAGAAAGAUGCUGAUGUGUCCCGGCAGACCGCCCCAGCCCGUGCCGAGCUCCUCUUACGGCUGGCAAAUACCGAGCGGUUGUUAUCUGAGAUACACAAGAAUCUUCUCGGGGGCUUAUCAACGGCAUCCGGAACGUUGGCAGAACGGUUAUCAGGAUGUUGACGCUUCUUAUCGCCAACUUCCGCCCAUCCAGCAGACGCAGAGUCGCCCAGACAUUAACGUUCCGUACAACAAUGAUAAUUAUCGACACCCCGGGCGACAGCAUCAGCCCUGGCAAGGGCAGGAGCAGCAGCUGUUUCAGCGGCAAUAUCGGCAACGCGCCACGAGGACCGAUCACGUAGUUUCGCCACCGACUCAUUACGGUACGGGCCGCGUCGAGACGAGAAUAUUGCCGCCGCGGCAUGAAUGUUGCACGUAAAGGGCCACGUGAACGACGUGUAAUAAGGGAACACGUAAGUUAACUCGGCGCUCGUGUAAGGGAAAAUUCUAUCGCGUAAAUCGCGCCGCGGGAGCAUCUGCGGAAAUCUUGCCUCGCGUUCGUAUAUACAUACAUCGGUGCGCCUAUUUAUUCGUCUUGCACGAUGCAAAUUGAUUAAUUAAUGCUGAAAAGAGCGAUGUAGAAAUAUGUGCGUAACUGUAUGUAUGUAGAAAUCUUGAUUUUAUAAGUGAUUUUUUGUCUACUCUUCAUUCUUCCCGGUAUUUUUUUCCCGCGAUAAAAAAUGAUGCGAAUUAUGAAGAAUCUAUUACAAUCGUUAUUUUUUGUUUUAUGAAAUUUUCAUACUUCUGAAAUUUCUCGGACAAUCCACAUUACGAUUUUCAGACAAGAUCCGAGUUUUACCGCGGUAAUUAUUUACGCGUUAAGCUACUGAUGAAUUAGUGGUACCUAGUAAUAUAAACUGCCAUAUGAUUAUUAAGAAUAAAUAAGUAGAUAUAAAAUAAGAUUUCGGGGAAUUGAAGGCGCGUCGAUAAAUGAUAACUCGUAGAAUUCGUCGUUUCCUUUUUUUUUUAUACUGUAGUAAUAUCUACAAUAUGAUCGCAUCUACCGUGACAAUUUAUGCAGUUUAGCGAUAUUUGUAAUAUACAAACGCACGCACACAUGUAUAUGUAUGUAUACACCACGUAUAUAUUUGAUACAUAAAUUUUGUACAUCUAUAAUAAUGUCGUACGAUGACAAUCGAUCGUUGUCGAUAACAAUGAUAUGCGAAUGACGUAGAGGAGAGUAUUAAUAAAUAGUAAAAUCUAUCUGUGUCUUA